UCUGUGGUUGUUGUCACAAACACAUAAAGAAAGGUUAUGCGAUGUUUUGAAAAUUCUGUGAAAAUUAGGCAAUAGUAAAAUGUAUUUUCUUGCUAUUCUCAGAUUUAUUGAAUAAAUUGGUGUUGUUUGCUAGCCUUUAAUCCUGAAUAGGAAAUGAACUGAAUGUUCAUAUCUACUUCAAUGGAUAUUUUAUAUAUUCUUCUACUAAUAGCUGGCGGCUACUGCAUUCUGUUGUUCUUCGAUUUCUUCUUCAAGUCGUGCGCUCAUUAUCCCUACUUGCACCUGUUAGAUGGUCUAGGCCUGAAAAUUAGCUACUUUAGCAUCAACUGGAAAACCAAGGCCCUAAACCGACUGAUUAUUAAAUGGGGUAACACGAAACCAUUAUUUUGGCGAACGUGGUUCGACAUUGGAAUAAUUUCUAGUCUACUGUUUUUUCCUAUAACUUUGUAUCUUUUAGUUGUAAACAUUCUAGAUUUAUUCUUAAGCAGUUCUACUACAGCACAGCCAUUGAUAACACCGAUUAUUCCGGGGGUGAAUUUGCCGGUAUCUGAAGUAGGAUAUUAUGGUAUUACCUUGUUAAUAUGCACUGUAGUUCAUGAGUUUGGACAUGCUUUUGCUGCUACUUUGGAAGAUGUAGGCGUUCUAGAAUUUGGAUGUAAUAUCUACUUUAUCAUACCGGUAGCUUAUGUUAGUCUCAAUUCAGAAAAUUUACCUGCAAUUAAACUGAGACAGCAGUUGAGAAUUUUUACUGCGGGGAUUUGGCAUAACAUUGUUUUGGCCUGUGUUGUCUAUCUGUUAUACUGCUCGCUGCCUAGUAUAUUUUCUACAUUUUUCGAGUAUGGAAAUGGCGUGAGUGUUUCAAAGAUAAUGCCACAUUCACCUUUGCGCGAUCCUUCCAAAGGUUUGUCUGAAGGUGAUGUGAUUACAGCCAUAAAUAACUGCGAUAUAAGAGAUGAAAACGAUUGGUAUAAUUGCUUGAGUAAUACAAUCAUAUUGAUCCCCGCAGUAUGUAUUCAAUCUGAUUUUGUCCACACGAGGGAUGAGAGUGUACCUUUAAAACAUUUAGGAGCUGGUUUUGUAGAGUGUUGUGACCCCAAAAACACGAAAAAUCUUUGCUUUGAGUUCAUAGAUACUGAAAACAACGAACUGGCUUUGCCAGGACAUGUUUGUUUGCCGGGUCGCAUAACCAUGGAACAUUCCAUCGUUUUUUGCACCGAAAGUCCUCAUUCGUGUUCAAGCGAUAUGUAUUGUUUUAAACCGAUUUUGCCUAAUAAUACAUACUUGCUUAAAAUGAUUUCUAAAACGAAAAAUGUCAUUUAUAUAGGCCAUCCAACUGAUUUGUUUCAAACAAUUGAAAUCUCAUCAUAUAUCAGCAAGACUAAUAUAUUCUCGAUCCAGCUACCCAACAUAGUCACUAAACUAGUAAAAUACAUUGUAAUUAUAUCGUUAGGUCUGGCAUUUUUGAAUAUUCAGCCGGUCAAAUCGAUGGAUGGUCAGUAUAUACUAAGUGCAUUAGGGCUUCUGAUAUUUAAAAAUAAAUUUAGUAAUAGACAAAUAAUACAAACUUCGAAUGUGAUUACAUGGAUAACUACCAUCCUUUUGACAACUUAUCUGAUAUAUUCAUUCAUUUUAAUGUUAUGAUAAAAUUUAUUAUUCGAAUUAGUCUGUCUCUAGCGUUAUGUUUCAGUCUGUGAUAAUUCAAUGCACCUAUAAUCUGUAUUGUGUAAACUUACAUGUUUGGCCAUUAAUGCGACUUUACUGGACAGGCAAAGUUCUUAAUUAACAUCGAAAUGAAGCUUUUGAACCGCUUCUAUUAUAUUACUUCUUGACUUUAAAGUUGAUUUACUUAUGUACGUGUUCACUCUUUAAAGCUUGCGAUUCAUUGCUGAGAGGUUUAUUCUUGAUCUCAGCAGCUUUGUCACUGAUAAUGGCCUACUAGUAAUAUAUAUUACUAGUUUAUUGA